UAUAUUUAUUGCUUUGCCAUGUAAUUAUUAAGGUAGAGCCUGUGUACUAUUAGUUAUUUAUAAAUAAAAUUAUAAUACAUUAAAUGCUCCAUAUAAGAGACUUCAGAGAUAUGUAACAAAAUCCAUUGGGUCAGUCAGUGUGGAAGUAGUGGACAAAGCCCAUUGGUUACAGAAUUGUACUGUAUUGUUACAAUCAUGGCAAAACUAUUUCUUCUCUACCACAACUGCAUGACAUUAGUGGCCACCUGCUUUCCUCAGUUAGUCCAUUAUAUAGAGGGUUUACUGUAUUUCAGUAUAGUUUACAGUCAGUUAUUGUAAGUAAAAGCAUAUGUGAAGGCAAAUUAUGUAAGUAACUAAAUGUCUUAAUGCCACAUACCGAAAGAUGUAUAUUCAGCCUUCAAAAAAAUAAGAAAGUAAAAGAUGUCAGAAAUAAGAGAAACCAGCACUAAUGGAAAGCUCAUGUUGCUUCCCCAGUAUUGAACUUUUUUACAAAUGGAGACAAAAUAUAUGCUAAUGUGAUAGUUGCUCAAGUAUACAUAAAUAUCAAAAGAACUUAUUGGGAAACAACGAUAAUGAAAAAAAUGAAGUUCCAGGAUAUUCAUUUGUGUAAAAUUAAGAACUGUGAUAAUGAACAAGAAAUGUACAAUGCAAGGUUGUUAGUUAAAAAAGGAGGAUGAGGUUAAUCAUAGAAUUGACGAGGGAAAAAAGGCGAGUGGUGUGUUGAGGUAUAUGUGGAGACAAACAUUAUCUAUGGAGGCAAAGAAGGGACUGUAUGAAAGUAUAGUAGUACCAACACUCUUAUAUGGGUGUGAAGCUUGGGUUGUGAAUGCAGCAGCGAGGAGGCGGUUGGAGGCAGUGGAGAUAUCCUGUCUAAGGGCAAUGUGUCGUGUAAAUAUUAUGCAGAAAAUUCGGAGUGUGGAGUUAAUAAAAGUAUUAGUCAGGGGGCUGAAGAGGGGUGGUUGAGGUGGUUUGGUCAUUUAGAGAGAAUGGAUCAAAGUAGAAUGACAUGGAGAGCAUUUAAAUCUGUAGGGGAAGGAAGGCGGGGUAGGGGUCGCCCUCGAAAAGGUUGGAAGGCAGGAGUAAGGGAGGUUUUGUGGGCGAGGGACUUCCAGCAGGCAUGCGUGAGUGUGUUCGAUAGGAGUGAAUGGAGACGAAUGGUAUUUGGGACCUGACGAUCUGUUGGAGUGUGAGCAGGGUAAUAUUUAGUGAAGGGAUUCAGGGAAACCAGUUAUUUUUAUGUAGCCGGACUUGAGUCCUGGAAAUGGGAAGUACAAUGCCUGCACUCUAAAGGAGGGGUUCAGGAUAUUGGCAGUUUAGAGGGAUGUGUUGUGUAUCUUUAUACGUACAGUAUAUGCUUCUAAGCUGUUGUGUUCUGAGCACCUCUGCAAAAACAGUGAUUAUGUGUUAGUGAGGUGAAAGAGUUGAAUGCUGAUGAAAGUAUUUUCUUUUUGAGUAUUUUCUUUCUUUUUGGGUCACCCUGCCUCGGUGGGAGACGGCUGACUUGUUAAAAAAAAAAAAAAUAUCCCUUAAAAGGGGGGGCUGCCUUGAUGCCAGUGAAGUGCUAUUGAUCCUUCCCUUCCUUGAAUCAUUCCUGAUUGCCUCCCAUUCCCAAGGCUCUGUGAUCCAUAAACGUCAGGUGCUUCCCCAAGAAUAUGAUAAUACAUACAGUAAUAACGUAAAGGCAGAAGUUAUCAUUACCAAGAAAAUCAUGCAUGCUUUAUCAUUUUAUUUUAAGAAAUGCAGAUUUAUCAAAAUAUACUGGCAAUCAAAAAAUGUUAAGUUAAUUUAGAGAAGACGACAAAUUUUGCUGAUAAUAAGAAACAGUUUUAUAGAAAGAUCGGCAGAGUGAGAAAGCCCGGAAAGCUAAUGGAUUUAGCAAUUAAAAACUAGGAAAUGGAGGUACUCAAAAAAUUGAGAGAAUAUUUUGACAAGUUGAAUAUUAAUGAUGAAAGGGAGGCAGGGAGGAAUGAUAUUGUAUAGGAAUGAGGAAGAGACCGAGGUAGAUACGGGACAAGUGCAUCAGGCAGUGGGAGGAAUGAAUAAUAAAGAAACUGGGACAGAUGGGAUUAAGACAGAUUUUUUUUUUUAAACACCAGCCAUCUCCCACCAAGACAGGGUGACCCAAAAAAGAAGAAACACUUUCAUCAUCACUCACUCCAUCACUGUCUUGCCAGAGGUGCGCCAGUACUGCAGUUCAUAACUGCAAAUCUCGUCACUUCUCCUUCAGAGUGCAGUGGGGGGGAUGUUGCACCGCUUGCCGAGUCUUUACUUUGUUCUGCUAUUCCUUUGUCAUGCAGUGAGGCAGAGAGAGCUGAGCUUACCAACAAACGACCCAUAAAUUACAUACCAAAUAUUGAGAAGGGCCGCAUUCAUUACUGGUCUCACACGGGAAAAUGUGGAGUUCCCAUCGAGUAUGAUGGUGUGCCUUUUAUGCAUGUAGGGCGAUGGGUUCUGAUGUGUCAUCAAGGGCAAGAUACCAACAAGCGUCACAAGGAAAAAUACCAAAUGCGUAAACACAGAGAACAACAGGAGAGUGGAGUUAUGCCGAAGAGCAGGAAUCGUUCUCAGGUUACAAAGAAGGUGAAUUGUCCUGCAGAAAUCUAUGUUACUCAUAUCAUGAAAUUUCCUCAGCAUAAGGUGCCUAAUGCUUUGCUGGCAAUUAACUCUUUGCCAACUGACCACAUGAGGAAAUUAGCAAAGAAGAAAAUUAUCAACAGCUUCAGACGUUACUCUAACAGAUUUAUACGAGAGUCCUGGUACUAUGUGCGAUUACCUGAUGCUACAUCACAUGAGGGACACCCAAUUCUAGGACUGAUAAAGCAAGAACCAACACCUUUUAGUCUUCCUGCUGAGUGUACACUUGAAAUUCCAAGUCAGUCUGAUGCAGCAGUUGAAAUUAAAAGAAAAAGACAAUCAAAGAGCACAAAGUUCAGGACUAAAGAACCCGUGGAUCCUAGAGUGCUACAAAAGAUGUAUGAGCUGACACGGCAAGGUGUAUCAACAGUAAAAAUGAUGCAAGAGGCCAUAGCAGAGUACGUACGAGAAGAACUGUUUCCAAGUGGUGAACCUCCUCCAACUAUGUACCGCAGAUAUAAUCCCACUUCCUCAGAUAUCCAAAAUGCUAUGUAUAAGGUAAAACAGGAGAUGCGCUUGGAAGGAAAGAGCAUUUUGCAAUACCGGUGUGCUGCACUAGUACGAGAAAUUACUGAACUGGUCGUUCAGACAGACAGCGAAGAGUAUCUUAACCAGCUAGAAGAGCAACUUAGAAAUAUCUAUAAUGCUGUAAGAAACACUGUACCUAUACAGGAAGUUAAAUUUAGACCAGAACAGGAUGUAGAUAAAGGAAAGCAGGUCCUGGAAGAUGGGCAGUUUGUAACAAUGCUGCCUAUAGAAGGAGAACCAAAGGCUAAACGUGGCAGACGGCGUAAACAAGUUGAACAACAAGCAGAGCUGAACGCUGCAACUUAUCACCUCAAACUAGAAAAUCAACAGCUCCAAUCAGGUGACCAGCAAAUGGAAUUUGAGGGGGUGCUGGAGCACCAUCAAGUACAUGAAAUUAUUCAGCAGGAGGAUGGCACCAUCACUGAAGUAUACUACUACCAUCCAAUGGAUCAGUACGACCAGUACACAGACCAAGAGACAUCUGUACACCAGCAGUAUGAAAAUGAUACUAUAAUAAUUGAGCCACAAAACAUAAAGACAGAACCUCGGCAUGAUGACAGUUUUUAGCAGUGUGUACCAGGUUGCUGGCCGGCAGUUAAGUGUAUCCCUUUAAUGCUUCUCUGAGGUCUUCAUAAGUUUAGUAAAACAUGAAACUUACAGCAAGUUGUACUGACAAGUUACCUAGAAUGUGAAAUACACUCUGUGAUAAGUUAACUUUUAGCAUUCAAUUUUUCAAGUGGGCAACUAUAAAAAUUACUUGUUUUGAUGUGUCUUAACAUCAUGUGUUACGGGUCCACAACCCUUUAUCCGAAUUCUGAAAUUGGAAAAGUUCCAAAAACUGAAGGUUUUUCUUGUAGUGUGGGUCAUCUGAACCUAGAGACUAUACUGGCCCCAAAGGGUUUUGGAUAAAGGGAUGUGGACCUGUACCAGUAAACUAAGAAAAAGUUAACAAAAUGAACAUAAAGAGCUACCACAAAGCUUGAUCCCAUGGGUGAUUUUUUUUUAAUUAAACCUUACCAAAGAGGUUGCUCAAUUAUUCAGCAUCUUAGUAUGGUAUAUAAUUAUAUAAAUACAGUAUUGUACUUUACAUGAUAAUAGUUUAGAGAAACAGUGUGCCUAAGAAAUAAUAUUUCUUGGAUGUUGAAUGUAUUUUUUAUUUUUUAUAUAAAAAAAAGAGUAAAGACAUUAAAAAAUAUAUUUAUAUACUGUAUAUAAUGUUUAUAGUUAAAUAUAUAAAAUUGUGUAUGAUGUUAUUUGAAAAGUUGCAGUUUCUAAAGGUGUCUGGGAAGGGGGGAAGUAAAUGGUUCAGAUUCCUUAUAUUAAGGACGAGAGCUUUAGAACUAUCAGCCCCUUAUUUUUUAAUUCUAUUAUACUUUGUAAUGCAACUUAUUGUUUUGAUUGUAAUUUAGAUUACUUAAUGAGUCACUCAUAUUCUACAGUUCCUGUAUGGCAUGUGUCAGUUGAAUAUUGAAAAAAUUCCAGAUAGGAAGCCAGUUACUUUCAUAUUAUUUCUAUAGUGAUGCAGUAGAACCCCACUGAACUGAACAUGUUAUGUACACAAAUUUUUAUUUGUGCACAUAGUUUUCCCAAAAUCAACAUUAGCUGUAUUGAAGUGAAGCUUAAUUCUUCCCUGACUUGUCAUGGGUUAGCUUAAAUUUAUUAGCAUUAUUGUAACAUCAAUGAAUUACAUUAUGAUGUUGAAACUGAUUAUUAGGGAAUUUUUGUGACAAUGUAUUUACACUUGCCUCUAGCAAAAUGAUCUGCUCAUUAAACUAAGAUUGCAAACUCUGGCUAAAGCCUACAGUCUGUAGUUAUGUUCAGAAUAUUAAUACAUCAGGUAGGUGGCAUGGUAAUGCAUCCCUUGCAGCUCGGUGUUUCAACCAUAACUGUAAGGUUUGUCAGUACAAAUGGGUGGUGUACUACUAUGAGGACUUCAAAUGUUGGAUGUUCAGCUGUGAUGUUAUUGUUACUUACCUGGGCAUAAAUAUGUUUGCUAGAGCAUUCCCAUGAGCAACUGAAUGGCAGUAUAUGGUACAGUAAUACUAAUUUAUGUAUAUGACUUCGACCAGUUUGGUUGUAAAGAUGAAUUUUCCAUGGGGAAUAAAUUCAAUUUUUAUACAUAUUGUACUAAAUUUUUUUGUGGUUACAUUGGGAAAUUUUUUUUUCUUUUUUUGUAUAAACAGAAUUCCCUUUCAGUGGUAUUGCACAAACUAGGCAUAACCAAAAGUUGAAUAUGACUUAAGAUUGCUUUUAGGGCCCAAGAUGGUGUAAUUUUUCUACAAACUGAAGUACAGGUUUAUAUGGCAAGUCUUGAAGAUGUCCUCAAAGUGGUAAUGGUGAUUCCCAGAAUCUCAAUCAAUUACUUAAAUAGAUGUGCAAGUACUGAAUCAUUGCAGCUACUGUAUAUUAUUACAUUCAUGGGGAAUCACUAAACUUGUAAGGGUCAUAUAGUGCCUGGAGGAAUGGGAGGUAAUCAGGUUUGACUUGAGGGAGGGCAGGUCAGGUUCCUUGGAUCAAGUCUCCUCACUGGCAGCAAGGAACUUCCACAGACAACUAAUUUUGAUAAAAUUUUGCUGUAUAAUCCUAUGGGUUUAGUGCUGCCUCCCGUGAUUAUAUUAUUAUUAUAAUAAUCAAGGGGAAGCGCUAAACCCGGAGGAUUAUACAGCGCCUGGGGGGGGGGGGGGAAUGUGGAAGGCAUUCAGGCUUAAUUCGGGGAACUGGAGCACAGAUCCAAUUUCCUAAAUCAAGAGCCCCUCACCAACAUCAAGGAACCUUCCUUGAAUAGAAUCUGAUUGCCUUCUAUUUCCCCAAGUGCUAUAAGAUAAGAUUUCGUUCGGAUUUUUAACCCCGAAGGGUUAGCCACCCAAGAAAGUCAGUGCGUCAUCGAGGACUGUCUAACUUAAUUCCAUUGGGGUCCUCAAUCUUGUCCCCCAGGAUGCGACCCACACCAGUCGCCUAACAUUCGGGUACCGAUUUGCUGCUAGGUGAACAGGACAAUAGGUGUAAGGAAAUGUGUCGAAAUGUUUCCACCCGCCGGGUGUGUGAAGCGGGAGCUUUAGCCACCAGGCCACCCCUAUGUGUUUAGAGCUUCCCUCUAGAUAUAAUAUGAUAGCUCAAGAAAGAAAUAAUUGAUUGAAUAACAUUUGUUUAAAUCUAAAUUAUUGUAUUAUUUUUUUUAUAUAAAUAGAAGUAUUGUAUUGUGCAACUGAUCAAUAAAUAUAUAAUAAAGA